CCCCCAAGCCAAUCGUCCUACGCCGGCGAACACCGGACUGUCUUCGCCGUCCUACGCCGCCGGCGGGCUGCCCGUAGCAUAUGUGGAGAGGCUCCCCAUACUCCUACGCCCACCUCGAGCGCCUCCUCCAGAAUCACUUCUCCGCCCCUCGCCGCCUCUUCCAGCUCCACGCCCUCCUCCUCACCUCCGGCGCGCUGUCCGCCUCCCACGCCGCCGCCACCACCGCCGCGUUCCCCUACAACUGCCUAAUCCACGCCCACCUCCGCCUCCCCUCAACGUCCUCUACCCCGCUAUGCGCGCCGCUCCGCCUCUUCUCGGCCAUGCUCGCAGCCGGCGCGCGCCCCAACGGCCACACGUUCCCAUCCCUCCUCAGGUCCGCCGCCGCCUCCGGCCCAGCCACCACGGCUCUGCACGCGCAGUGCCUCCGCCGCGGCCUCACGGCCGAUCGCUUCGUCGCCUGCUCGCUCGUCAGCUCCUACGGCCGUCUGCCGCAUCACGCACGCAAAGUGUUUGAAGAAAUGGGGACCCCGGAUCUGGCAUCCGCUAACGCCAUGCUCGACGUCCUCUGUACCGCCGGGGACCUGCCCUCGGCUCGACAAUUCUUCGAGCGGAUGGCGGAGAGGGACGUGGUCUCGUGGACGACGCUCGUCUCCGGGUUAUCGAGGAACGGGCGCCACUGGGACGCGGUCGAGGCCUUCAGAGGACUGCUAUCAGACAACAGCAACAGGGCCCGUCUCGCUCUCGGGGAGGCCACGCUGGUCAGCGUGCUCUCGGCCUGCGCUAGCCUGGACACCGCCGAGGGGCUCGUGGCCGGGAUGUCUAUCCACGCCUACGUUGUUCGGCACGGGGUUCACCUCACGGCGUUCCUGGGCACGGCGUUGAUUGACAUGUACGGCAAGUACGGGAAGCUUGGCUGCUGCAAGAUGGCUUUCCAGCUCGUGCGCGACAAGGAGGUCUGCACGUGGAACGCGCUGCUAUCCGCGUUGGCUAAUCACGGGAAAGAGGCUGAAGCGCUGGCUAGUUUUAACAUGAUGAUACUCGGAGGGUUCUCGCCGAAUCAGAUCACGUUUCUUGCUCUGCUGACAGGCUGCGCUCGAGCGGGGUUGGUGGAGGUUGGGUUAUACUGGUUCGAGGCGAUGGUGGCUGAGUACCAGGUGGCUGCAACCAUGGCCCAUUAUGGAUGUGUUGUGGAUCUCCUAGGCCGCGCUGGCCGUUUUGUGGAUGCCGUUGAGACUAUUGAGAGGAUGCCCUUCAAGCCCGAUGCUUCUGUGUGGGGCGCGCUUCUUGGUGCUUGCAAGCUCCAUGGAAACGUAGAGCUCGUUGCUGAGAUUGGGCGCAAACUGCUGGAUCUUGGCCCUCAGCAAUCCGAUCGGUAUGUGACUAUAAGGAAUAUUUAUCUAGAAGAUGGGAACUGGCAUGCUGCUACGAGAAUGGGUGAGGUCAUGCAUGAGGCUGGGAUCAAGAAGACGGCAGGGCAAAGUAGUGUUGUCUUCCACAGCACCGCCAUUCCAUGACUACACUUUUCUUGAUGCAAAUAUUACUCUUCUGGUACUACCAGUUGUUUCUGAUGACUCGCCCCUCUGGAGGAAGAAAAUAAUCCAUAAGAGUAACCGUGCUCAAGCUCAUAACAAUUAUUUGACGCAGUGAAGAAUCAGACUUUUUAUUCAGUGAAUCGGAUGCUUUAAAGCUCAAGUUACUCCGCUCCACCAUUGGUAUAAUAACUCUCAACAAUUUUAGGUAAGAUGCGUUCACUGUCCAAAUCUAUUAACCUUCCUUCAAGUAAACCAAUGUUCAAGUACAUUCUGUUAAUAUUGUCUUCGAAUUUUAAAGAGUGGGUUCAACUUUUAUCCUCUAUUUGUAUUAUUUCCAAUAAGUUUUACCUCAUUAAAAAUUUCUUGCCACAUUUUACGGCCUGUUU